AUGACGUUUUGUGAUCUGCGGAGACUCGAACCUGUACGAGGUGAGAUCGACUGUAAGGAACCGGGUUUGAUACUGCUAAACCAGCGGGCUCUAGAUCGACUACGUACUUGGCCGGAUCACGAGCUGUUACAUGUUAACCGAGAUUGGAACGGGAGUGCUACCAGCUUAGCAAGUGCUGGUCUACAACGACAAUUUGGAAUCGAGGCCGAGUCUGAAAAGGAGAUCCAAGGUCUAGUAACCUUGGACGUGUUGGCUGAUAUCCUGAUAACGAGACCGCCCCGACGUAAAGCUACAUCUGGAGUGCGUAUUGGGUCUGAUCCAUAUUCAUUGCGCGUGGAAGUUGUGAGAGAACUACGGAUCAUGCGGAUCGGGCAAGCACAAGAUGAUGAGUCGUGGAUCUCAGGGCUAAAGAAAUAUUUGGUUGGAGAGAACCGAGAUCUGACACAAGAAGAUGCUAAGGUGUUUGAAUCUGUUGCUAUGAACUAUGAAGUGGAUCAUUCGGAUUUACUCUUCUACCGGCCGAUGGCUAAGGAGACCGCCGCGGAUCAAGACAAGUUGAUGCGAUUAAUGGUGCCUGAGAUGCUUCUACAGGGAAAUUUUGCAUCACUACCACACGAGCUUGCAUGA